UUGAUCGACGAAGAAGAAGAAAAAGAAGAAACCGAGAGAUGGCGAGCGAGCUUAUCAACCGUCGACACGAGGCAGACCAACCAGACGCCGACGCGUACUACCCAAGACCCACCAAACCAUGGUCCUCCUCCGUAACCCGCCCCAUGCGUUACAUCCUCCGCGAACAAAGACUCCUCUUCGUCCUCGUCGGCAUUGCAAUCGCAACACUCGUUUUCACAAUCUUCCCUCGCUCCACCACCCCUUACUCGGAUCCCUUCUCCGGCUACGAGUCCUCCUACGUUCCGACACAGAGGAAGCCUAGCCUCGAGUACCUGAACAGGAUGGGAGCAACGGGCGGGAAAAUCCCGCUCGGUUUGAAACGCAAAGGGGUGAGAGUUGUGGUGACAGGUGGCGCGGGGUUCGUUGGAUCGCAUCUGGUGGAUCGGUUGAUGGCGAGAGGUGACAAUGUGAUCGUUGUUGAUAAUUUUUUCACGGGACGUAAGGAGAAUGUGAUGCAUCAUUUCGGUAACCCUAAUUUUGAGAUGAUACGUCACGAUGUGGUCGAGCCGAUAUUACUUGAGGUUGAUCAGAUCUAUCAUUUGGCUUGUCCUGCUUCUCCUGUUCAUUAUAAAUUCAACCCUGUCAAGACUAUCAAGACGAAUGUGGUCGGAACGUUAAACAUGCUUGGUUUGGCGAAGAGAGUGGGUGCUAGGUUUCUCCUGACGAGCACUAGUGAGGUUUACGGUGAUCCUCUUCAGCAUCCUCAGGUUGAGACUUACUGGGGCAACGUUAAUCCCAUCGGUGUUCGUAGUUGCUACGACGAAGGGAAGCGUACCGCUGAGACGCUAACCAUGGACUAUCACCGUGGAGCCAAUGUUGAGGUCAGGAUUGCUAGGAUCUUCAACACAUAUGGUCCAAGAAUGUGUAUUGAUGAUGGGCGUGUUGUCAGCAACUUUGUUGCGCAGGCACUAAGGAAGGAACCAUUGACUGUUUAUGGUGAUGGGAAGCAGACAAGAAGUUUCCAGUUUGUUUCUGAUCUGGUCGAAGGUUUGAUGAGAUUGAUGGAAGGAGAACAUGUAGGGCCAUUUAACCUCGGUAACCCUGGUGAAUUCACCAUGCUUGAGCUCGCUAAGGUGGUUCAAGAGACGAUUGAUCCAAACGCAAACAUAGCGUUCAGACCAAACACGGAGGAUGAUCCUCACAAGAGAAAGCCUGAUAUCACAAAGGCCAAGGAGCUUCUUGGUUGGGAACCAAAGGUCUCUCUUCGUCAGGGACUCCCUCUCAUGGUCAAAGACUUCCGUCAGCGUGUCUUCGGUGACCAGAAGGAAGGCUCCUCCGUGACCACCACAACAACCUCAGCUUGAGCAAAAGCAAUUGCAUGCAGCGGCGAUUGCGUUUGGUGAAUGGUUAUAACCAAAAACAUCAACGCAUUGCUUGCAGCAAGCUACAUUGUGGAGAGAAGAGAGCUUAAUUUAUUUUUGUUUUAUUUCUAUUUUGAUACUAUAUUCGUGUAACGUAGAGUAAGAGUUUUGGUGUACUUACUACUUAUUCAUGGACCUCACUACAGUUUAAGAAA